CAGGACUCAAUGGCAGGUGACAGGGCAAGAGAGACAGCAGUGUUUGUUGCCUGCUUGAUGUCCCUGGAUAAAAUAAACCACCCUAAAACCUUCAAUAAUCACCUGGACAAUGGACUUAUUCAUUUAUCCUGCGUAAGAUUCGCCCUCUAGGUGCCUCAGUGGCUUUAAUAUGAGUUUGUGUUAAGUUUUUUAAUUUGUUUGGAGUUUUUGUUAUUUAUAGACUAUAGAUAGCGCCACUACAGUCCUGUUUCACCGGAAUGUGCGUGUUGGUGCGGACGUGGCCCGGCGGAAACCCGGCAGAGGGGAAUAGAAGACAUCCUGCGCAUGCGCAAACUCACUGACAACACAGCGGCUCUGAUGAUCGUCAACGUGGACCCUGUCAUUGACCAAAACACACCGGUCUCCGUGGCAGCCAGGGUGCGCACUGCAGACCGUGAGGAGCGAGCGGGGCGGUGCGGGGCGGUGCGGGGCGGUGCUGCUCUUCAGAUAUGAACCUGUAAACACAAAUCCGUUCUGUCCACACAUCAACUAUGCAGACAGGUGUGCUCAUGGAGUCUCACCUGGGCAGGUUGCUCUCGUGUUUCCUGUUUCUGUUCCUGCUGAUACAGCUGUGCCCUGCUGCACCAGGGUUUCCUGCCACACAAGGGGAGGAGUCUGUAGAAGGCCACGCUGCAGCAGCCAGUAUAUCCAAUCCUUUCGGCUCAGGAGAGGAGGACCUCAGGUUGCUGCAGAGGUUUAUUGAUUCCAGUCUGGCAAAUGGCCAAGGAGGACCCGAAAUCAGCACACAUGAGCAAGAGGUGUUCUACCUGUUUGGUCUUUAUGACUAUGAACACACUGGGUUUCUGGAUGGUUUGGAGUUGAUGAAGCUUGUCUCAGAGUAUAACCACUAUCAUACACCUGGAGUACGGGCUGAUGAGCAGGUGGUGUCUUUAGUAGAUUUUUUACUCCAGACUCAGGAUCUAAACCAGGAUGGCCUUUUAAGCCCAUCAGAGCUGCUUUCUCCCUCAUUACCUCACUCACAGGACUCCAUCAACCACAGUGCACCUCACCAGGAGCAGAAGUUGACAGUGGAGGAGAAGCUGUCAAAUCCCAGUACUGAUGAGGCAGCAGAGCAGAGAGAGGAGGCUCACAAGGAGAUGCAGCUUCAAGAUCAGGAGCACCUACGACAGGAAGUUAAGCCAAAAGAACUCAUAAAUCUAGAAGAUGAACAGAAUGGACAACAAAUCCCAGAAGCCCCAGCAGCAGAACAGGGGCAGGACCACAAAGUCCCUGUUCAUCAGGGGCAACCAGAGAUGUGAAUGCACUCACACACCCGAAUGCACACACACACACACACACACACACACACACACACACACACACACACACACACACACACAGACAGGCUGCUCUCUAGUGAAGUCAUCAGAAGACCUAAGACAGAGUUAACGUAACACUCCCAACUGAGAUGUCUUCUUCAUCAACAUCCUAAAAAAUGGUCUCUCUUGAUAUGAAUUCAGUAUCAUCGAUUUAAUUCUCCUUUUAAACAUUAGGUGAAUGAUAAUUGAAGAGAGAAAUCUGUUAAAAGUAUUCUUGUCACUGAAUAGAAAAACAAAUUCUAGCAGCAAGAAUCUCAAGAAGCUUUCAUGAAUUACUUUUGUUUUUAAAAACCCAUAUUGAUUUUAAUAGUACAUCAGAAGCCAUCCUAUAUAGGUACAUAUCUCUGAAAACUCAUAUUGAUUUCCAAAAGAUUGAAACACUUCAUCUUCCAAUUUAAAUGAGUUUAAAUAAAUUAUAAAAUCUAUUUUAUUUUGAAUAUUUGGCUACUUUGAUUGUAUUUAUUCAACCCUUUCUGUUGAACCUGAAGGAAUGCACAUUUAAUGUAUUUGUGUUGUUCUAUGUAGUGACUGUUGUUUCAUGUACAAACUAAAUGGCCUUAAUGUGUCUCACCACUCCAGGCUUAGGUCUUGAAUCUCUUAGCUGCUUUACUUUUGUCUUCCUGGAGAAUUUUCUCAACUUGCACUAUGGCUAAAAUUGUCUUCCAAGUUAAAUCAUAUACCCUAAAAAACACACACAUUGUUGUAAUGGUAAAAUUAUGCACCUUGCAUUAAGUAUUGUACUUUGAUGAUUUUAAUGUGCCUCAGUGGGUCAGGAUUACAGAACAGUGCUAAAUGAGUGUGUUACAGAGCCUACUCACGACAGUCUUUGGGCUACAGGCCUAACAGUUCUUCAUAAUUUAGAUCAGGAGGCUCUGUUUAAAUGAUAUUGGAUUCAGUCUUUAUCUCUAAACUUGAAAGUAGUUGUGUUGUUAAUGCCCUUUUUUCUUUAAUCAUUUAUGCAUUUUUACAGCUUUUAAAAAUUAAGCAAUUUCUGUAUCUCGUUCCUCCAUCAUGUGUUCUGUUUCUAAUAAACAAAGUCAAAGAAAUGAAUAAACAUUUAUACAAAUA